AUGGCAUUCACCAUCGAGUCUCUGAUACCCCUCAUACAUCAUGAGAAGCAGGAGCGCGGCUCGAUGCUCUGUGCCCAACAUGCUCUGAACGCCCUACUCCAGGAACCAAUUUUCUCUGUCACGGAUCUUGCCCAGAUAGCUAAAUCUCUCGAUGAUCUCGAAGAUACGUAUAAUGAAGAUCGCGGCCACGAUAGCGUCAACAUGGACGACAGUGGCUUCUUCUCUGUUCAGGUAUUGGAGAAAGCACUGGACGUCUGGGGUUUAAGCCUCCCGCGCUGGGCAGGGGAAGAGAUGAGGGAGUAUCACGACCACCCUGAGACUCAACUCGGAUUCAUCUUGAAUCAUCAACAACACUGGUUUGCAUUGCGCCGUUUUGGCAACCUGUCUCCGAACCCGUAUGAACCGGCUACGAAUAGCCACUGGUUCAACUUGAACUCUUAUCUCCCUAAACCAGAAUGGGUUGGCAAUGCGUAUCUGGGAGCCCUUCUCGCUCAAGCCCAACAAGAUGGGUACUCUAUAUUCGCAGUUGUGCAGAAAGAUCCAAACGCGCCUUUGGCCCUUCCCAAGACGGACGCGGAUCGUCUUGCCGAGAACGUUACUCCUCCCAACGCAGCGAAUACACCAAGGAAUGCGACGACUAGCAUACAUCCCGCAACUGACAUGCCAGAAGGCAUGGAAGACGAAGACUACGAACUCCAAGCAGCCAUCGCAGCCAGUAUGGGCGGCGAGUUCUCUAUCCCACCGGAGCUGGUCUCCUCAGGUGCUGGCCCAUCAAAUGAUCCUCCUGCCCCUAUGCCUGCACCCCCGCUCUCGCGGGAACCUCCGCGUCCGGCGUCCUCAAUUCCAGGUGGCUAUCCACCUGGUCUUGGCCAUCCGAUGGAUGAAGAUGAAGAUGACGAGGACGACUUCGAGGAUGUUGCUACGCUUGAUCCCGUAGAGGCCUCUCGCCGGCGCAACGAGCGACUUCUCGCUCAAUUCCAACGCGCACAGGGUGAUGCUGUGCGAGAGAUGGGCUUCGAUGACACCGCACGACAACGUCAACUUGAACGUGAGGCUGAAGAAGCAGAGUUCCAACGGGUACUCGCAGAGAGCGAGGCCCUUGCGCGUGCACAAGGGCACUUCGAAUCGCCACCGGGAGGUUCAGGCGCAGCAACGCCGGCACCUGCGCCCGCGCACACCGCUGCGCGUGUAUACGACGAUGAAGACGAGGAGCUACAAGCGGCUCUGCGUGCCUCCCUAGAGAGCGUACCGGCCGACUUUGUGAUGCCUGAGUCGCCUCGCGCACAACGUCCUGCACCUCCGCCCGCCUUGGCUCGUCAACCGAGUACACGCAGUGAAGACAACGACGACGCGAUGACUGAAGUCAGUGUGGCAACCGAACCCGAAGGCGAGCCAGAGCCACCUCGUCAAGAGCUUACGCCAGAGGAGAUGCGUCGGCGUCGUCUGGCUGCGCUCGAGAAGCGGGCGGCGGGUGGGGCCGGCUAG